CUUCCCCCCCCCCACGAUGGCCAACGACGACACCCCCGACAAUGUACCACAGACUCCUGCACCAGCACCACCAGCAGAACCAUCUCCAGAUGUUCCGAACAGUACUACGGCCCCAUCUUCUGUUCAGAUUCCUCCCGCGACAGACACGACGCCUGCGAUGAGCAGUGUUGAUGAGAGGGCACAGCUCGUCUCGAGAGCACGUUCAUUCUUGAGAUCUCCUUCCACACAACAACAAGACAUAUUUUCCAAACGAAAAUUUCUCCUUGACAAGGGUCUCAAUGAGGUUGAGAUAGAAGGCUUGUUACGGGAAUUGCCACCCCAACUUCCCGUAGUACCACCACGGGCGUACCCGCAGCCACCACCAUCUAAUCUCCCCAAUCUCCUUCUUGGAAUAUUCAGAAUAUUUUCUUGGCUAUUAGGUGGUUCUGCAGCGCUUGUUCUUAUAUAUUACCGCUUUCUCCUGCCACGAAUCACGCGUACCACAACCGCUCGCCACUCCCUUCGGGACCAUCAUAGCACCCUCUUUCGGAAUCUUACUGCUUCGCUCGCCUCUCUUAAAGAAUCUCAAGCUGAAAAUCUGACGCUCCUUCCGAAGCCCUACAAGUUCAGAGAGCCCUCUGGGUUUUCAGACUGUCGCUCUCUGAAGGAUAUACUUCGCGAAUGCGAGGAAAAGAAGUUCGAACCUUUCGAAAUUCCGCCUCUGACACUACUGCGAUGCGGUAUUCAGGAAUUUGGUGUUGGUAAGGAGGAGGCUGAGGCCAAUCCCACAACAGAGGAUCUCUUCAGGCUCAUGGAGAGUCACAUUCCCUGGCUUCUUAGUGAUGAAGGCGUCCAGUAUGAGCAUAAGCUCUGGGAAACUCUGACCACUUUGACAGUAUUCAGGUCACUGCCUGAAGAUACUCACCCGUCAGAUAAUGUGCGUUGGACAUUUGAUCCUCCGACUCCGCCUGUUCCAUCACCGCUUCUUAAUUCCUUAAAUGAGCUCUCUGCUGCUCUUCCACGAGACUCGAAAACCAAGACCACUGCGUUGCAACAUACUCUUCAGUCUCUGUCUGACUUGACUGGGUAUAUCAGUGCUCAAGUAUACGUUCCUUUCCGUCCUUAUUCGGCUAGUGGGCAGUCGAAUAAUAACAAUACUUCACCAACGCCUGCUGAUGAACUGAAACGUGAAAUAAGGGCAUUGAAAGGCCUGGUUUUGAAUAGGCGUUCCUUUAUGCCGAUGAUACCAAGAGCCGGCAGUUCUUCAACGCUGUCACAAUCUGUUUCGUAGAAACCUUUAUAUAAAACGCUCAUAGCAUGCGGUGACAUAUGUAAUGCCCAAAGCCACACCCGAACAGUGCCUCGGCUGCGCACAGUUGAGGAAGGAAGUUGAGAGUCAGACGUUUGAGAAAUUAGAGCCGG